GUGACGGAGACGGAGGCAAAGCCGGGCAGAAAGGCGGAAAAGGCGAACCUGCUGCCGGUCGUGGUGAUGGCGGAAAAGGCGAACCUGCUGCCGGUCGUGGGGAUGGCGGAAAAGGCGCCAAAGGCGGUGAUGGCGGAAAAGGUGCCAAAGGUGAUGCCGGUCGCCCCUGGCCAUGGGAACGUCGCGCGCCGCGCAACAUUCAGGCCGACGCAGCACAUGAAAGCCGGUCGUUCCCGCCACUUUCCCCGGAAGGCUCGGAUUCUGACAAAGUCACAUGAGUUCGAGCGGCAGCUGCUGCAGCACUUCCUCUCCAAGAUGCCGGUCGCAUGUCGGCCUGCCUACCCCGAGAACCCCGACAACGACGAUGCUCGGCCGUCGAAUGACCCUGGCCCGCCGGUCGCAGGAACAACAGGACUUCGAGAAGUCCAAACGAAGGUCCUAGCGAGCUCCCCAGCUGUGUUCAUGGUCCUCCGACACCUGGCGGUGGACUGGGCCAGCUGGGCCGAGCCUUGA